CGUGCUAUGGAUGUUUGUAUUCUCAAAAAAUCUAUACGACAAAAUAGUUAUCGUGUAUACGAGAACAAAACUCAGUUUGUUAGUUGUAUCUAUAUUGGUAUGGUCUCUCUCAUUACCUUUUGCUCUGAUCGCUAUAUUUACAUUGAAACUAUCGGAUCCAACAUACUUUUAUUUGUACUAUAAAAUAUACGCUUGUUUAAAAUUUGUCAUUGUUAGUACUAAUGCUGUAAUUUAUGUGAAGAUUUUUUAUGUAGCUUUUAAGAAACGUAUGAACAGGCAGAGGAAUAUUAGCGACAUAUCAAAGACAGCUUUCAUGGCAUUCCUUUUGGUAAUCACUACAUGCUUACAGGUUUUCAUUACCGAUGUUUUAUCGUUAUUUAAUAUAACUGUUUCUGUUAAAAUAUUCGGCGUUAUCAAUUCGUUUCAUGCCGUGUUGAUAACAAUAAUUUUUAUUACAAUUUUGCGAGCUAAGAUGAGAGAAUCUGAUGCGAGAACAACUAAUGUCACGAUGACUGAAUUAUCUAAUGAUUGUAAGUGAUUGUUGAAUAAAUUUGUUUUAUUAUAUUGUAUUAAUUGAUCCAAUAUACACCAUCAUGUUCAAAGUUAAGAGACCUUAUUAUGAACUAAUUUUCUCAGUAAAAUUUGUAAUUUAA